CCACGUCAUUUUUGGUUGAAUGAAAAGAUUGUUAUAGGCGUUUAGUAUACGCGGCAUUUAACAUAAGUUUUCCAUAAAAUAGUAAAUCAUGAAUAUUUUCCGCUUACUCGCUGAUUUAUCCCACCUUCUAGCCAUUAUAAUAUUGUUAUUAAAAAUAUGGAAAACGAGAUCUUGUGCAGGAAUAUCGGGAAAAUCGCAAAUAUUAUUUGCUAUAGUUUAUACAUCGCGAUAUCUGGAUUUGUUAACGACGUUCGUGUCUGCCUAUAACACUAUAAUGAAAAUAGUUUUCAUCGUGGCUUCUUACGCUACGGUUUAUUUGAUGUAUGUGAAAUUUAAAGCUACCUAUGACCACAAUCACGAUACAUUCAGGAUUGAAUUCUUGCUUAUACCCUCUGUUAUUCUUGCAUUGCUGAUCAACCGAGAAUUUACAGUACUUGAGGUUUUGUGGACAUUUUCUAUUUACUUGGAGUCUGUUGCGAUUUUGCCACAAUUAUUUUUGGUAUCAAAAACAGGAGAGGCUGAAAGUAUUACAUCUCACUAUCUUUUCGCGCUUGGCUCUUACAGAGGGCUUUAUCUCUUGAACUGGAUUUACCGCUACAUCGUUGAGGACCACUAUGAACUGAUUGCUAUUGUAGCAGGAGUCAUACAGACAGUUCUAUACUGUGAUUUCUUCUACUUGUACAUUACAAAAGUAUUAAAAGGAAAGAAGCUUCAGUUGCCAGCCUAGAUGCAAGUCGACAGAUCCAAUGUUUUAAUUUGAUGUAUGUUAAAUCGAGAAUAAAACCUAAGAUCUUAGCUGUACAACUAUUGUGUGGGUAAUUUGUGAUUGCAUUAUUAAAAACAGUUGUUUGUGGUUAAA